UCCGCCAGCGCUGGGAGCGUGGGAUUCGUCCCGCGGUGGGUACACACGCACCUCAAGCGGUGCGAGCUGCGCCCACGGAGACCCUCAGCUAGCGACCCUGCUGCAUACCUGCGUGCAUGUGCUCCUGCUGUAUCCCGGGUAUGGACGUUCCCCUGCUGCAUACCAGAAUGCAUGUGCCCCUGCUGUGUACCCGCGUGGACGUUCACGCCCUUCCUGAAUGGUGAGACAGACGCCUGCAUAACCUGUCAGGUGGAGCGGACAAACCUGGGGCGCAGACGUGGCCUCUGCAGCUCAGGCUCGGGCGGCGGCUCCUGGCUUUUUCGUAAACACCCGGCCCAGCGUGUCCCACCAUGAGCAGGACAAGCAAGGAGCUGCACGGCGCCCCAAAUCGCUACGCACCCUGCGACUGGUAUUACCACCUUCCCGUGAAGCGGUCUGAGAAGGCUGUGGAGGCUCCGCCAGCAUCCCAGAUCCCAGGUCUCAGCCAGCGGACAGAGCCACCCAAUGGGCACGGGCCCGGGAUGCGGAGGUACUGGAUAAAAGAAACAGACUCGGAGUACGUGAAGCUCGCCAAGCAAGGUGGCCGGCCUGAUCUGUUGAUGCACUUUGCCCCUGGGACCAGGAAAGGCUCCCCGGUUGCCUACUCCUUGCCAGACUGGUACGUCCACCACAGCAAGCCGCAGACUACCAACCAGAGACAAGCCCCUGCCAUCGCCCUGCCUGAGUACAUGGUUUAUGAAGAGUUUAACCCUGGUCAGGCCAACGGGAGCUACGAGUCCAGAAGAGGGCCCUUCGACUUUGAUGUGAAGACCGUCUGGCAGAGGGAGGCCGAGGAACAGGAAAAGGAGGAAAAAAAGGUACGGCUCCCAGCCAUCAACUCCAAGUGUCCGAGCAAAGCAGGGACCCUGCUUGGCCCCAAGGACUCUGCAGGAGGCAGACUCUCCUUUCCUCCCAUGCCUGGUCAAAAAACCAGUUCACCCACAAACUUUUCCAAACUUAUUAGCAAUGGUUAUAAGGAUGAGUGGUUACAGCAGCGAGCUGAUUCAGACAAGAGGACCCAGCAGACAUCCAGAGCGUCCGUGUCAUCUGAGUCCUCGCAGGACUCUGCAGGGCCCCAGGAUGCAGAGCCGGAGGGGCCUGAAGGUUCCCCUGAAGCACAAGGAUCUUCUCCAAGUCCAGCGGCAUCUCUGCCUGCACCAACUCCAGUGGAGCCCAAAUAAAGCCUGGCACCGAGGAUCACUUUCUGAUGGCUGAAUCUGAUCUGGCUAUGCUACAGCUGUACUUACAAGGCUCCUGUUAAAUUUGUAAAUAUAGAAUAUUAGGAACUAACUUAUCUGAGAGCAGCUAUGUUAUCACUGUUGCAUGAUGUUGGGCUCUGCUUGUAUUUCUCUGGGCUGUACAGUGUAUGGCCUUUGGGAUGCUGUGCCUUGCUGGCCUGGGGUGUCCCAGUGGCCUGGAACCAACCGCUUCCUCCCUAUUGUUACUACUGUCACCUGACAAUACCUCCUACUGUGUGAGAUUGUUAUAGAACCUGAUUGUUUAGACUCUGAAACAGAAGAAACACACAGUUUUACUAUUAUUUGAUUCUGUAAUCUUUGUAGAGGUAACUUUACUGUGACAAAAAUAAAUUUAAUUCCAAAUACGGUGAUAUAGUUUAUAUUAAGAAAAAGAUUAUUGCGCAUUGAAGUUUUAAACAUGUAACAUGAAGAUAUUGUAUCAUUGCUGGUUUUACAAUUUUGCUACUAUUUUGUGCAUAAACCAUAAUCCAUAAUAUUAAACAUUUAUGAUUUUCUAUCCUCUCAGUAAAGAUAUGCUUAAUUUUAA